AAAAAAAAGGAGAAGAUCUCAAAUUUCUUGAUUUCAUCUGCUGACUAACAACAUCUCCUUCCUGUUAUUUUAUGCUCUUCUUCUUCCAUAAAAAUCUCGGAAGAUUACGAACCCCUGGCAGAACAAACUCUCAUUCUGUUCCCCCUACAGCCCAACACAGUUGUGUAACAGCUUGGCAAUGGAGCAAACUGUGUCAACUGCUGUAGACAGAACAACAGUGGCAGAUGAGAACCAGAAGACAGAGAACAUCUUGAUGUCCAGCAAACCUCUUCACCGCUUUGUACAAAAACAGCCCAGGAGUCUGGGGAUUGUGAUUCUGAUGUUUGGUUGUGCUGAGGUUCUGAUGGGUAUUGUGCUGGCCAGUGAUAGAAUGAAAAGCUCAUUCAUGUUAUACAUUCCCUUCUGGCAAGGAUCUCUGUUUCUUACAUGUGGAGUCCUGACAAUCUACACUGAGUUACAUCCAUCCAAGAAGAUGGUGACCAUAUGCUUGGCCAUGUACGUGGUCUCUCUUUUGGGAUUAAUAGACUCCAUUGGAUAUAGGAUAUACUUAUUUUUAGUAUACAGCCAUCCAUACAUUAUGAUCUCCAGAGAUGAUUAUGUCAACAGAGAUGAUGUCUACAUCCACAUAGUGCAGGUUGCUUGUGUGGAAGGCAUAUUGUUUGCAUCCUCCCUGUGUGUGUUUGCAUUCCUCAUCUUCUUGUCCAUCAUAGCCUCUUUUGCAAUAAAAUCUACACACACACAUCAGAUUAUUGUCCAGCACAUUGUGAUGCAUCCACAGAGGGAAGCGACGUCAAACUAGGAUCAGCUUUCUCCAGUAUUAUUCCACAUUCACUAACACUGUUUUUCUUGGGCUUCCCGUGUUUUUAUCAAUUACAUCCUAUGCUGUUGCAAUGUUCAUAUGUGGCUGUGGGUGGAAAAGGUCACAUUGUACAAAUUACUUUCUAAAUAAAAAGCAACAAAAUCCUUACACCUCUUGUAAGAAUCCUACGGGCUAAUUCAAAAAUACUCACACCCCUUGAACAUUUCUACAUGUCGUUGCACUACAAACACAAAAUUCAAUGCACUUCAUUGGGAUUUUUUAAAAUAAACCUAAACAAAGUAGCACAUAAUUGUAAACUGAAAACAAAAUGAAAACAGAUUUUUUUUAAUGUUUCACAGUUAAAAUCGGAAAGGUGUGGUGUGCAUUUGUAUUGAGCCCCUGGAGUAAAUACUUUGUAUCUCCACCCUUCACUGCGAUUGCAGCUGCAGGUCUUUAGGGAUAUGUCUCUAUCAGCUUUGCACAUCUAGAUCCUGAAUUCUUUACCAAUCCUUCCUUGCAAAACAGCUGAAGCUAUUAAGUCUUUAAUCAUCUACAAAAUAUUAGCUAUUAUACUGAUCAGCAAAACAUGUUUAAUCAGCUUUGAUUUUUAUUCCAACUGUGAAUUAACUUAACUGCACUAACAGAUAGACAGCAUUGUGUUAUCAACUGAUUUUAAAACUUAGCUUGAAUAAAUGCAGCUUUUGUAAUCACCAGUAUACAGUUAUAAAUGUGUAUGUCUAUAUUAAAUAAAAAGAAACUUUG